CAUAAACUGCGCUUUCAACAAAGAAAGUGGUUUUACCCCGUCAUGAAGGAUACAGCCGAUGCUCCAUGGCUUCGUACCAGCGAGCUUAAUAUUCCUGAUCUUCGCGAAAGACUGUCAACAGAAAUCGAAGCAUUUGACAGUUACAUUAAACCCACACGAAGAGAACAGAAAAACAGAGAUCGGUUGUUGGAAAUCAUUUCAUUAUGCAUUAGUGACAUGUGGCCUGGAGCAGUCAUUGAACCGUUCGGGUCCUAUGUCACCGGGCUUCUUCUUCCAGGAAGUGAUGUCGAUAUGAAUAUCUCGGUGUCCCAACCAAAAGCUGCAUUAAAGACACUAUCGAAAAGACUACGAGCAGAACGGCUGUUCCGUUACGAGGAAAUGAUGCUUAUCCAAGCAAAGGUCCCUGUAUUGACCAUCGAGGAUUGGAGACUUCAAACAUCCAUUGAUAUCACUCUCAACAAUGAAAGUUCCAGUUCGCAACGCACCGAGAGAUGGCUUCAAGAGUAUCCACCAUUGCGUAUUUUAUUCCUGAUCCUAAAGCACGCCUUAUCGUCUCUUGUCCUGGACGCUUUGCCCACGUUCCAAGUCAUGUCGGCAAAGACAAAUGGAUUGGCCAGUUAUUCUCUGAUUUGUCUACUCGUCUUUUACUUUCAGCAAUAUAAAUACUUGGUCAAUGAUACCUCAUCGAAAACGUAUUAUGCCGAUCUGUUAUUAGGGUUCCUUACCUUUUACGCCAAAUUCGACUUUGAAAACAUGUGCAUCGUAUUAAAAGACGGGGCCAAACUUAUUCCAAAGAGUCAGCUAGAUAAAAGCGCGGAAAACUGCUCCUACCUGGACAAAAUUUCGAUUGAAGAUCCUGAUCGACCAGGUAUCAAUGUGGCUCGAAGUUCUAAUCGAAUCGAUUAUAUCCGUGGCGCUUUUAGCUACCUUGAGACGCUACUCCGACGUCGUAUCAAUGCCAUUGAUCCAAGAAAUCCUGAAUCCGUCUUGUCGGCCAUCAUUAAAGUGCGUCCGCAUCAUGCAAGAGAUCCGCGUCCAAGUGGCAGAUCCUAUCGGAUUGGCAUCAUAGAGGUACCAAGUGAAAUCGUUCCCUUUACACCUGUAAUGCCUACUCUAUCCGCAACAUCUGAAAUAUCUGUGACGCCUUCUAAAUCUAAAAACAAAAAGCGAAAAAGGCCCCGUGGUGAGACGCAAGAGCGUGAAAGGAAAUCUGCGAAACUGACCAAUGAGUCGGAGGAGCAGUGAACAUGGUAAUGGGAUGUCUUUGUGUUGUUAUAUACAACACAACAUCUGGUUUAUCAAUUGCAUUUAUUCCUUUUGGUUCCUUGCGCUUUGCGUCUUGCCCUCCUUCUUCGUUUUUAGCAAAUGUAUAUAAUACCAGUCCGCAUCGUUAGCGUCUCCCUUUUCACUGUACUCGAUCCUCUGUAUUAGUAUCGCUGGUUGGAGUGGUUGCAUAAAAAGUAUGCUUUCAAUUUUUACUUUUUUUUUCAAAUGCAGCGAGGAGAAGCAGGG